AUGGCACAAUUUGACUUGACAGGAGAGGAUAGCGCAGGCAGCUACUAUGCAGCGCUCCCAGGCACCUCUAGCAACAGCUUGGUCGAACACAAUACGACUCCCAUGAAGUCCAAGUUCCUCACUUCCAGAAAAGAGGUUACGGGAUGUAACCCGAGUCGCUGGAUUUACGAACUCAUCAAUAAUCGCUUCACUGCCUGUGACCUCUUCGAUCGAGCCCGAGAACACGAAUUCGAUAGUCCAUACACCUGGGAUCACCCUCACAAGCUGGUAAUCAACGGCAAGCAAAGUUAUUCGACGACCUCUACCCAUAUUCUUUCAUCAGUAUGUCUAGACUGCCACUUUCAUUUCGUCUUCAAACUGGCUUGGGACGAGGACCAGACGUCGUCGCUUUGCUACCACUCCCAGGCAGCUUGGCCACUGCAGGAUAACAUGUUUCCAUGGCACCACCUUGCCUGGGCAGGCUCUGCUUCACCAGGAAGCAUAGCUGACGACCGCUCCAAAUACAACCCUAUCCUAGCUAGAGAGAACUUUGUCUGCAGUGCCGCACCAUGCACAUUACAAAUGACGCUAGAGAUUAGCGAGCCGAGAAUGCACAGCGGGUGGGUGAAGCUGCUUCUUGACCAAGAAGCAAUCCGUGAGCAACUCGACCUUGCCAAAGAACAAGAUCCGGCCAGAUACGAAGGAGCCACAGAUGCGUGGGCUUACCAAGCACCUCUGAAUCUUAAUACGUAUCUCAAGAAUCAAUUGGAAUCGACUGCCGACACCGUUAGAAGCAUAUCAAAGCGAAACAAGCGCUUUUCUGUCCUGUUCGGACCACGAUGCUUCUCCAUCUUUAGAGAACUCGAAUACAAAGAAAAGGUGGAGGAAAACGACGGCGUCGACGAAGGAUCCUUCACACCACGCGUUGCUGCUCCAUCAGAUGGCCCUUCAGGUACCACCGAAAUGAACACGUAUCGAGCAUAUCUUGAAGAUGUCCGGGCGGAGGUUCAAUGCCUAAUACACAAGGCCGGACAGACUACCGAGCAGCCUACUAUCUGCACUCCAAUGCUGCACGAUGUACUUCAAUGUGUCGAGGUCAAGGAUGUGGACUCCAAUGCUCUGGUUGGGACGGAUCGAUAUAGGCUUCUGGGUGUGUUGCCCACACAAGGCAGAGAAAUUGUGGUCAACGCCUACAAACGACAGUGGGACCUCCUGCCGUCGUCUCGAAAGGAGCUUAUUGACGCUCUUCUCAAUAUUGCCAAUGAUGCUCAAGAUGACCCACUAAUCGAGUAUGCGGUAACGCAGUCAUCAGUGUACGAAAGCCAGCCACGACAGCAAGCCAUCGCCGACGACAACGGCAGCAUUACACAGUCAAUGGCGUAUUUUGGACUUAACCCUCCCAACAACUACCCAGCCGAGGCCAUCAUCCGAGCUUUCCGAAAGAAAUUGGCUGAUGACCCUGCCGACGCCGCCGUCGCCAGAGAUGUCCUUAUGAUGAUAGCAUCACAGUCUCAGGAUGAUCACUACCAGGCAGGUCUGCUUAUGGAAGCUGACCAAAAGAUGUCUCUUGAGACCGCCAAAUACGUCAUCGGUCUGAGCGACACAUUAGAUAUCGUCGGCGACGCUGGUCUUGCUACCCGACGCAAGCUGCAGCAAUGCCAGAAGCCGGAGGCUAGAAAACUUUAUUUAGACGCUUUGGACUCUAUCGCGGAGCAUACAGGCUCGCUCUCUCUCAAGCAAGCAGCCCUGGAGCUCAAUCAUGAAAGUGAAUUCGGUCCUGGGGUUGGCAGCGCGGGCUCUGGCGCUCCUGUCGACUUUUCAUUGCCAGUUGGUCUGGACAAUAUUGGAAAUACUUGCUACCUCAACAGCUUGCUGCAAUAUCUUUUCACCGUCAAGCCUGUGCGGGACGUUGUCCUCGACUACGACGAUCUCAAACUCGGUCUGUCCGAAGACGCCAUCCAAAACCGCCGCAUUGGCGGAAACAAGAUGCAGCUGGACAGAGGAGAGGCUGUUGUUGCCGAUGCUUUUGCUCGAGAACUCGCUACAUUAUUCGAAACUUUACAAAAGUCCGAAAAGACGGCAACCAGACCUUCCCAGCGGUUGGCAAACGCCGUUCUACUGUCAACCCACACGCUCCUUAAUAGCGAAAAGUCUAGUGAUCGACAAAGUAGUCCUUUGCCUCCACCACUCCCUUCUCGGCCCCCUGCAGAGCUGGUCACCACAUCUGGAGUUGGAUUGGGGGACGUUGACUUGAUUAAAUUUGAGAGUCAAGAGACUCUGCCUCUGGAUGCGGCUAGCCUAUCUAGUACCAAGACUCUAGUGGAGCACGAGGAGGCCGACUCAGAACCUUCAUACGAGCGUGUUGAAGAGGUUAUGGGGCCUGGUACCAACACUAUUACAUCUACAACGAAGACCAGCAAUGCAUAUGAUGCGGUUAUGGUAGAUGGUGCCGCGCCGUACGCAGAGCCAAGCGAGAACACCCAAGUUGAGGAGCCAGCGGCAAAACUCGAUACAAAGACUAACGAUGUCGAGAUGCAAGAUGCAGAGGCUCCUGAGACCAUUGAUCAAAAGGUGCUAAAUGCACUCGAACGCCAGAAACGGUCUUCGGGCACUGAUCAACAGGAUGUCGAGGAGGUGAUGGGCAGCAUCAUCAAUCGUUUGCAAGCUGCUAUUCGACCCAGCUCUAUCGAUAACAAGACUGGCAUUCAACUUGAGAGGUUGAUGGAGACCUUCUUCGUUACAACAGUCAACUAUACCAAGAAGUUCGACGACGUCAAGUACCAGCAUGAAGUCAGCUUCGACAGAUCCAUCACGGCUUUCCCGGCCGAAAAUGGACCUUGCUCGCUGUACGAUGCCCUUGGCAAGAACUUUGAUCAGCAGAUUCUUGAAGAGAGCAAAUUAUCGCGAUAUACUACGAUCAGGACGUUGCCGCCCAUUUUGCAUGUGCUGAUCCAGCGCACGCAGUCCAACGGAAGCAAGAACGGCAAUCCAGUCAUCAUUCCCGAGACACUAUAUCUUGAUCGAUUUAUGGAUACAGAUCACGAUUCGCCGGCUUUCCAACGACGCGUGGAAGACUGGGUUACGGCGCAACGCAUCGCCGAUAUCAAGGCGGACCAGACGAAGUUAGAGGCAAACCCGUCGUACUUGAGGUCUCUCGAGAAUUAUGCAGCACCCGCACCCGUUGCCCUAGGCUUGCCCGAAAGGCAAGACGAUGUCCCGGUGGAGGUGGAAACAUAUGACUUUGAUGGCCCGGUAGAAGAUGAUUUUCUCCUCAUUUCCCCCGCCAAGGCAGCCCCCAAACAGGAGGAGACUCCUCCCAUUCCCAAGGUCACGGACGUGUACGAGACAUACCGCCAAGUCACACAGAUGAUGGAAGACGAGCUAGCACGCUGCGAAAAGACCAUUGCGGCGCAUUACGACGCCAUGACAGAAUUCCCCUACCGUCUCCACGCCGUCAUCUGCCACCGUGGCCAGCUCAUGUCGGGCCACUACUGGGUCUGGAUUCACGACUUUGAGAACAAUGUGUGGCGAUGGUACAAUGACGCUGACGUCAAGGAGAAUAAGAAUACGGCAGAGGUGCUUCACGCUCUGAGCACCAGCGGCGAGCCGUACUUUUUGUGCUACGUCCGAGACGGGGACAAGGACGAGUACGUCAACGUUCCGAAACGCGAGGAGCCUGCGCCGCGGCCUGUGCAGCUGCAACCAGAACCGGUGCCGGAGCUUGUCACGGAGGCAGACGCCACGCCGGCGGAUAGCGUCACGCCGGCGACAGACGAGCUAGGGGAAGAGCCUGCCGGACCUGAAAGGCCCAGGGUUGAGAGUGUUCGGAAUCUUGAGCACGGAGGCAUGUCUAGGAUUAUAACGCCGCCGUCCGAACCUGACACGUAG